CUGUGACGUUCAUGCGUCACACACUUCCCAUUAUCAGCUAAAACAACUAUUGAAGUAUUCUGUGGCUACGUUAUUUGGUCUGUGGUCCAAAAUAUUCCGAGCUGGACUCCCUCAAAUAGCGGAGAAGAAAUGAAGGCAGCAGACGAGCCUGCCUACCUGACAGUGGGGACAGAUGUCAGUGCCAAGUACAGAGGAGCCUUCUGUGAGGCCAAGAUCAAGACUGUUAAACGCAUGGUGAAAGUCAAGGUGACUUUGAAAGGUGAAAGUACUUCCCAGGUGGUGCAAGAUGACCAGGUCAAAGGACCUCUGAGGGUUGGCUCCACAGUGGAGGUGAAGACCAGUGAAGGUAUAUGUAGUGAGGCUGUCAUCAGUAAGCUGACAGAUGCCAGCCUUUACACUGUGGUGUUUGACGAUGGUGAUGAGAAGACUCUCCGUCGAACAUCCCUUUGUCUCAAGGGAGAGAGACACUUUGCAGAGAGUGAGACUCUGGAUCAGCUGCCGUUGACGAACCCAGAGCAUUUUGGCACUCCAGUCAUUGGCAAGAAGUCAAACCGUGGAGGACGGCGAUCAUCUCAGGCUGUGGCUGAUGAAGAGAAUGAGUCUUCAUCUAGUGAGGAUGAGGAUGACGACAGGAGGAGGCUGAAUGAUGAGUUGCUGGGACAAGUCUGUAGCAUUGAGAACGAGGACUCUUCUAGCAGCUGGUUCUUGGCUCUGGUGGUGUCUCCCAGCUGUAAUGAUGAGCUGGUGGUGAAGAAGGAUCAGUGUCUGGUUAGGUCAUUCUGCGAUGGCAAGUUUUACACUGUGGCGAGGAGACACGUCCACAUCACCAACGCCAUCAGCAUCUCCAAGUCUGAGUUCUCUGACAGAAGAGGUAUAGAAGUAGCCCAGAUGUUCCUGAGGAGCAAGGAGGUUCCAGAUUUGUGGAAAAUGGACAUGAGUCAGAUUUUGGACUCAUCUUCCAGUGAUGACGAGGAUGAUGAGGAGGAGAAGGAGAGUGAAGAGGAGGAGGAUGAAGACGAAGAAGAGAAGAAAAGGAAACGUAUAAAAGAAGAGCCAGAGGAGGAGCCAGAUCCAGAGGAGAGAGACCACUUCCUACAGCAGCUCUACAAAUUCAUGGAGGACAGAGGGACUCCCAUCAACAAACCUCCAGUGUUGGGUUACAAAGACCUGAACCUCUUCAAGCUCUUCAGGCUGGUCUAUCACCUGGGAGGCUGCCACAAGAUCGAGUCUGGUACCGUGUGGAAGCAGGUUUACAUGGAUCUGGGGAUCCCUGUUCUCAACUCUGCUGCAUCCUACAAUGUCAAGACUGCCUACAAAAAGUACCUGUAUGGGUUUGAGGAGUACUGCCGCUCUGCAUCCAUUACUUUCAGAACCAUCCAUCACAACAACCCCCGCCCUCCUGCCAUACCAGCCAGUCAAAAGGCAACCGAAGCAGCAUCAACAGAGUCCUCCGCACCAACGGUGAAGGUCGAGCCAGUUGUUGACAAAAGGGAGGAGGUGGAGUCAGAGAGCGAGAGCGAGAAGGAGGAGGUGAAGGAGAGACAGUCAUCCCCAAGGGGGAGGCGGAGGUGUGUUGGGAGCCGUGUGAAAGAGAGAGAGCCAUCCUCCAGGCUGGAGAAGAGAGGUGGAACAGGAGGAGGAGAGAACAGUGAAGAGCAGCAGAGGGAGGUGAGGAGACGCAGCAACAGAAGAAAUGAUGACUCGGAGAAAGGCUCUGACGAUGAGGAUGAUGAGGAGGACGAUGAAGACGAGGAGGAGGAGGGGGAGAGCAGGAGAGGAGACAGGAGUGAGAAUGAAGAGGACGGAGACUCUGUAACGGGAACUAAGGUCAGGGUGAAGUACGGAAAAGGAAAGACUCAAAAAAUCUACGAGGCUCACAUCAAGAAGACUGACAUUGACAAUGGAGAACAGUUCUACCUGGUUCACUACUACGGCUGGAAUGUCAGGUAUGACGAGUGGGUGAAGGCUGACCGAAUUAUUUGGCCUGUAGAGAAAGCAACAAAGAGAAGGCAGAAGAAAAAGGUGAAGACCAAAGACGAGCUAGAUAAGGAAGAAGAGAAGCCAGCACUCAUGGCGGCCAUCAAGCCAACUGGAGGGAAGCGUGGUCGCCCUCAGAUCAGGACGACACCCACCAGCUCUGCUGGCCGCAGCAUCUCCAAAACCCCGAGCAGUGAGGGACGAUCCAGUUGCAAGAACAGCAGGACUGACAUGUCCAGUAUGGCCAAUGGAGACAACACUCCUCGUAGAAGAACCAGGAGGACUUCCGGCAUGUACGACUCAGACAGAGCGUCUAUUGAAGAUUCUGGUAAUUCUUCAGAUGAAAGUGAAUCAGAAGACUCUCCUGACAAAAAAACAUCACCAUGGCAUGGCAGAGCUGAAGCCCCAACCUCCCAGGAAGAGGAGGCAGAAGAAAAGCAGCAGACAAGUGGGUUUGCUAAUGUCACGGCAUCUCCCAACAACAACAACAACACAGAAAUCUGUGCAACAACAUCUGAGCUGCCAGAGGCUCCCUUAGCCCUGUGUCCUAGCGUGCCUCAAGAGAAAGCUCAUAAUGAAAUGAGUCAAUCAGAGAAGAAGGAGCCGGAGCAGGGGCAGGAUCCUGCAAAGGAAGCUGCAGUAUUGCCAGCUGACCUGGAUAAGGAAAACAAAAUGUUACCCAUCACAAAGACUGUGUCUGUCCAAGACGAAAACAAAGUGUCUCUAGGGCAAGAAUUGCUUCCCGAGAUGUGCCCCAGCAGGACGCCACCCCCUUUACCCCCUGAAAGGCAGCAGCAGGUGCCGUCCUCUCUCCCGUCCACCACCGAUGAGGACAACUGUAUUAUUCCUGUGUCCUCUCCCAGAGUGAAAGUUCGCAGGACCAACAACAGGGAGACAGGUUCUGAAACACCCCCCAGAGUCCCUCUCUGCAACCCUAGCCCUACACCCACCGCCAGCCGCUCUCAGGUGGCGGCGCUGUCCUCUCCUCCUCACAGUGUCCUGAAAAGGCAAGAUGAGCCCAUGGUAGUGCUCCACUGCCUUCCCACGCAGCACCUCCUGCCUGAGGCUUCCACUGCUGCCUCAGACACCGACUCUGCUACUGAAGAGGAGGAGGUGGAGGAGUCAGAGGAGGGGUCACCUGAGGAGGGACGCAGCAUGGCACUCAAACGUAAGGCUGGAGAAGAGAGAGAGAGGGCAGCAGAGAAGAAACUCCGUCCUGACAGAAGGCAGGAAGAGGCCAUCUGCCACAAGAUGGCUGCAGGAACUUCCCUCAAACCUCUCCCCUCACCACUCCACUCAGACAGGAGGAGUGAGGGAAUGGUGAAAACAGAGAAGCAGCCUCACCCAGCAGAGGAGCUCCAGAAGGAGAUGUCAAAGGAGCAUCUUGCAGGUGGAGUCACAAAGGAGACGGCUGUGCAUUCUGGGGCAGCUCCCCUUGUCCUGGAGACGCAUGAGCCAAUGCGUACAGAGGAGCUGGAACCACAGAUCGAUCCAGAAUCACUGGUCUGCCAUGAGGUGGACCUGGAUGACCCAGAUGAGAAGGAGAAGCCCAUCCCAUCAUCGGAUCACCACCUCCCAAUAAUGAAUGAGCCACAACAAGCCCCACCACCACUGCCCCACCUCAUCCAUUCCUCCCUACCUUCCCCUCACACUCCUCACUUCCCCCAGACUCAGGUCAUGCCCUUUCUGCCAGAAGUUACUCCCAUCACCACCGUCUGCCACGAGGUACUUCACCUGCCCAAGGCUGAUGUUGAGGAGGAGGUAGGAGUGGUGAAGGGUGACCAGGAGAGUGACUCGAGUCCUGGUUUUGAUGGCAGUGCGUCCUCGUCCUCCACCUCCCUUUUGUCAUUGCAGGAAAACAAAGAUAGAGGUCAGAAGAGGAUGACUGACUGUAACACCAGCCCAUCAGCCAAGAAACAGAAACGGAACCCAAAACGGCCACACACACCCGGGAAGGUGGAGAAGAAUGGAGCCGGUCACAGUAGUGACAGUGAGGACCAGUCUCGUCUCUUGUCUCUGUCCAAGUCUCAGAAGUCUCGUCCCAGCCUUUCAUCUCCAUCUUCUCAUAAAGACAAACCAGACAAACAGAGCUUCCCCUCCCCUCAACGCACCUACAAGUGGACCUUCCAACUUGAUGAACUGGACAACAUGUCAAGCACAGAAAGGAUCUCCUUCCUCCAGGAAAAGCUACAGGAGAUCAGAAAGUACUAUAUGACCUUGAAGUCUGAAGUCGCCUCCAUCGACAGACGCAGGAAGAGACUAAAAAAGAAGGAAAGAGAAGUGUCCAACACAAUGGCAUCAACCUCAUCGGGCUCCUCGGACACUGGUAUGAGUCCGUCGUCAGCUUCGCCCACUCAGAACACUGUGGUUGUGGAGUGCAGGUGAUGACACGCCCACCUGAGCCCUACCCACCCGCAAACCUGAUUCCUCCCUUCCACCACAGACUCCACUGUCACCUCUGAGGGCAGAAACUUUAAACUCCAUCCAGCCUGAUGGAAAGCCAUCACUCCACCAGUUUUGGCUGCAUGGGCACCGUCCCCACACCUAUGAACUGACUUCCUGUUUGAGGAAACUAAUAAGAGAAAUCUUGCUGUUAGCCACCACAGAGCUGCUCUUCUUUCUUUCUUUCUUUCUUUUUUUUUUUACCUCCCUCCCUCCAGUGUGUCCCAGUGCUUUUGCUAUCAGUUUCCCUUUUUUUUUUCCCCCUUUCUUCCCCUGUUUGGUCUGGCUGCAGGGGUCAAAGGUCAAAGGUUUAUAGGAAUGAUUUUAAGCUGGAACAGCUCGUUAUGCACACUUUUGUUUCUCUUGAAAUUAAAAAGAGACGUUUCCUCACUUCCUGCUGUGAAUGUUUUUGGUCUUUUUUAUAUGAAAUUAGAGCUUUUAUUUUGGUUAUAAACAGACAAAAAUACUCAAAAAGUUUUUGAAUUCACAGCAGGAGAGAAAAGGAGAUAUUUGUUAAGCUUUUUGUGUAAAAUAAUUAAACUGACCCUUCUGCAGCUCCUUCACUUUUGGGUUUGAACUUUAACAGGUGAAUUUUGGGUUUUAUAUGGAAUAUCAUUACUGCCAAGAAAAUAGAUGAGGGAUUGUCCAAAUAUUUACCAGCAAAUCUCCACAAACAUUUUCACUUUAUAUUUUGGCAUUUCAGAUUUAUUUCUAAAUAUUUUCACAUUAUAUUUUCACAUCUGAUUGUUUUGACUUGUUAGUAGUGAGUGAAAAAUGACACAAACAUGAUUCAGUUCUUUUUAUUUGACGUCAUGUUCAUUGGGUAAUUUUGAAAGUAUGGCAAAAAUGUUGGGCUUGAUUUCUCACAGCUGAGAUUCUAAGUAGUCGUUUCAUUUGGUGUUACAAUGCUUUUUGGUUUUGUUUCAUUUUCACUUGAUGUUUGCAUUUGGAUUUUUUUCCCUUGUAAUUGACUUGAAAACUGCCGAGUUUGUAGCUUUGAAUAUUUGUCAUUUAAAAUGAGAUCGCUCUUAUAAUUACUCAAAAUGAUGAAAGCUAAAUUUGUUGGUUUUAAUUUUAAAGUCAAAUUCAAAUAAAUAAUUUUUACAUCAGUUGGAUUUAAAGUAAAAACUUGCAGUUAAUUCCGGUCCUGAUUUCCUUGGCUGCACAGGGACCGUGUGAGCUGUGGGACGUUUUGACUCUGUGAUUUUUGAAAUCACAGCUUUAAACUGAUGAUCUCAGAACUGUGUGGUAGCAGAUAAUUUGUCAAAUUUAAAUAGCUAAACAUUCAGUCUAGUCAUUUAGUCACAAAUAUGGCUCUGCACCAAAACUGUGAUCUAAAACGAAUUAUUUAGACUUUCAUAACUGACGCUGACUCAGUAAGUCUCAGUUUUGAAACCGAUGACAUCAGACCAAUAACCAAUAAAUUCUGACUUUAUUGUUUGAUGACCAAUUUUUCUUUUUGUUGAAAUAUUUUGAUUCCUGAAGCCAUGAAUUGGGUUCUAGCUAAAUUUGAAAAGUUUCCAUUUAGCAUUUACGUUUUGCAUAAUUCCAUAAAAGUAGCGACCUAUGGAAGUCGUAAUUUAGCAAACAAAAUUUUUCUUAAUUUAGAUUCAACUAAGUAAAUUUUAUGAGUUCAGAACUUUGACCAGCAACUUAAUGGACGUAAUUUCAUAUCAAUUUUGGGUCAUUAAGUCAAGUUCAACUAAAGUGUGUCUAAGGUAUGAUUGGGGGGGGGUUGGGGCAGUUUUCCCUGUGUUGACUCAAAACUUGUUUAUCAUCAAAUAGAAAUAUCUUGGUAAAUGAUAAAUGAACAUGAUGCUGAUGAGUGCUGAUGUUGGAGAAAAUUUGAGCCCUGAUUAUUCCUCACUACUUCAUUGGUUAAUUAAUUUUAAGUCAUAAUUUGGACUUUUUUUCUGUACCAUAUUUUGGGUCUCUAAGCUCAGUUGUGGCAUUGCUCUGGAGGGUCUCUGUUGCACUUCUUCUCUGGUUUCUUCCUUCUAUGACUUGCUGUCUGCAUUCAGCUUGGACAGACAGGCUGCUUUCAAAUCCUCAACUCUUUGUGUGUGUGUGUGUGUGUGUGCGUGUGUGCGUGCGUGCGUGCGUAUGUGUACAUAAAUAGCUCUGAGUAAAGAAGAGAAUAAAGACGCACCCUGUAUUUCAGAACUACAUUUUACACGCUUGUAAAGAAUAAUUUCUAAUAUUUUUAAGAGAAGACUGUUUGUACUGUUAUAUUAUGGAUUUUUUUUUUUUUUUUUUUUUUUUUUUUUACUAUGU